CUCGGUUUAAGACACCAAAGAAAACCAACUAAACAAAAAAAAAUAUUCCAUCUUCUCUCACAAAUCCUGCAAACAAUGGUGGCCGUUGAUGUAAACGAGAAGAACAGUGGAAGCAGUCUUAAAUUUCUAUGCAGUUACGGCGGCAGAAUCCUCCCUCGUUCUACAGAUGGGAAGCUCCGUUACGUCGGAGGUCACACCAGAGUCCUCUCCGUCCAUCGUUCCAUCUCUUUCGAAGAGCUAAUGAAGAAACUAUUCGAAUUCUGCGGAUUCUCCGUUGAUCUACGGUGUCAAUUACCAAACGGCGAUCUCGAGACUCUAAUCUCCGUCAAAUCUGACGAGGAACUAGCGAGCAUCGUGGAGGAGUACGAUCGCGUCGUCUCCGGAGCCAAGAUCCGAGCUGUUCUAUCGCCUCCGAGAGGGAAUAGACAGGGAGGAUCUCCGUCGUCUUCGAGCAGCGAUCGAUCUCCGAAAUCGCCGUUCUCCGUUACGCCUUCCCCGCCAAACUCGCCGUCGUCGUUGGCGUACGGGAGAUAUUUACAGUCUCGGUAUUGUCUGCCUCCUCCCACGGAUCUUGGUAGAAGAUACGUUCACAGAUCCGGAGAUUCGUAUUGCUAUGCGUGCCGUGGACAUAAUAGAGACUCUAGGCUCAUCCGGCAUUGACGAAUAUUUGAAAUGUACGACGAUGACGAAGAUGAAUAAAACAAAUAUAAAUACAAACAAAAAAAGAAGGAAAAUCGGGACUUAAAUUUUUAGUUGUAUACGAUGUGAUUGUGUUGCGAAGAGAAGAAUCAAAUGUUUCCUUUCCAUUUA